AACCUGGUAAGGUCUCCGCAACACAUACCAACAAUGCAUACAAGAUUGGGUAAACCCUUCAUAGUCUAGAGAAUUAAAAAGAUUUCAACUUUUCUAGCAAUAGUAACAAGUGAGAAAGAGAGAAAUGUCGAGCACUACUGGGAAGGUGAUACGUUGCAGAGCUGCGGUGGCAUGGGAAGCAGGGAAGCCAUUGUCCAUUGAGGAAGUGGAGGUGGCACCACCUCAAGCAAUGGAAGUUCGUCUGAAGAUCCUCUAUACCUCCCUGUGCCACACUGAUGUCUACUUCUGGGAGGCCAAGGGACAGAAUCCUCUGUUUCCUCGUAUCUUUGGCCAUGAGGCUGGAGGGAUUGUGGAGAGUGUGGGAGAAGGUGUGACUGAUUUGAAACCAGGAGACCAUGUCCUCCCUGUGUUUACAGGAGAAUGCAAGGAGUGUGUCCACUGCAAAUCAGAGGAAAGCAAUAUGUGCAGCCUUCUCAGGAUAAACACAGAUAGGGGUGUGAUGAUUGGUGAUGGUAAGUCAAGGUUCUCGAAAAAUGGGAAGCCCAUCUACCACUUUCUGGGAACUUCCACCUUCAGUGAAUAUACCGUGUGCCAUGUUGGAUCUGUUGCUAAGAUCAACCCUUUGGCACCUCUAGAUAAAGUCUGUGUUCUCAGCUGUGGAAUCUCUACAGGUUUUGGUGCCACUGUGAAUGUUGCAAAACCUCCAAAGGGUUCAACAGUAGCUGUUUUUGGAUUGGGAGCUGUGGGCCUCGCUGCUGCUGAAGGGGCCAGGAUUUCUGGUGCUUCUAGGAUUAUUGGUGUUAAUAGGAACUCCAACAGAUUCCAUAUAGCAAAGAAGUUUGGUGUAACAGAGUUUGUGAAUCCUAAAGACUACGAGAAACCAGUUCAAGAGGUAAUUGCUGAGAUGACUGAUGGAGGAGUUGAUCGGAGCAUCGAAUGCACUGGAAACAUUGAUGCCAUGAUCUCUGCUUUUGAAUGUGUCCAUGAUGGUUGGGGUGUGGCUGUUCUUGUGGGUGUUCCACACAAAGAUGCUGUUUUCAAGACCCAUCCCAUGAACCUAUUGAGUGAAAAAACUCUCAAGGGAACCUUCUUCGGGAACUACAAACCGCGCUCUGAUCUUCCUUCUGUUGUUGAAAAGUACAUGAAUAAGGAACUUGAACUAGAGAAAUUCAUUACACAUGAAGUCCCAUUCUCAGAGAUCAACAAGGCCUUCGAAUAUAUGCUUAAAGGAGAAGGUCUAAGGUGCAUCAUCCGAAUGGAAGAAUAAAAUGUGGUUGAUGUAAUCCAUAGUCCACAUGUGAAUGUGUUAGGUGUUCACAUGAAGUGACUGAAAAAAGCUGAAUGUGUUUGGUGUUUGUCGAUAAUGUCUAAGUACUCUUCUGUGAGAGGAAUAGGUAGCUUUCUCAUUUCCUUAUGUUCUAAACUUUCCCUUUUAUUACUGUUUUGCUUAUCAGUUUAUGUUGUUAAAAUAAAGGCUUGAUGUUUCUUGUAAUCUAAAGAAGAUUGUGCUAA